UUGUAGUGUUCCUAUGCAAAGAGACAUUGCAUUAACAUUACUGAGAUUUUCGAUAAAUCUGAAUCUGAAUCAGUUAGCCCUUUUGGAUUUUUGUUAAUAUUUGAUUCCUUCUGUCUCCCGAACUCCCCAAUAUAUAUUGAACCAAUCUCAGUGGAAGGAAGGUAUAUCCAAAGACUCGAUUGUAAAGAGUCAACCUCAAACAAAGCCUUAUAGCCUUUCUCUUCUAUGAGAAAAUGACAUUCACUCCCUUUAGCCCAAAAUCUCAUCACCAAUCUCGCUCAAAGAGCCUUCCCUGCAGACAACACCCUCUUAUUCUACAAUGCAAUCAACACUUGGGAAGUUUAGAGGCUUCGCCUUCUGAUAAUUCAACUUCCUCUUCGUCGUCAUUGUUCAGGCACAAACUAACUGGCUUGCAGACUUUGCAUGAUUGCAUCGAAAAGCUGGUUCGACUGCCUCUUACUCAAGAGGUACUAGUCCAAGAGCGUCAAGAGAAGUGGGUAGAUGAGCUUUUGGACGGAUCGUUAAGGCUCCUAGAUGUAUGUACUGUAGCAAAGGAUUCUCUACUUCACAUGAAGGAAUGCGCACGUGAACUUCAAUCAAUUAUGAGAAGAAAGAGGGGAGGGGAAAUGGAGGUGGCAGCUGAGGUCAGAAAAUUUUUGGCCUCUAGGAAAGUAAUAAAGAAGGCAAUCCUAAAAGCAUUGGAGAAUUUGCAGGCAACUGUGAAGAAAGCAAAAUUCCCUCCAAGCAACAAGGACAACCCGACCGUGACCUUGGCUAGCUUGUUCAAAGAUGUGCAAGUGAUCACUCUUUCCAUAUUGGAGUCACUGCUGAACUUCAUCUCUGGACCAGCACAAUCCAAACCUAGCAAAUGGUCUUUGGUUUCCAAACUAAUGCAUAACAAAAAGGUUACUACUACCACACAAGAAUCAGAUCCGAAUGAGUUUUCCAAUGUAGAUGCUGCAUUGCAAUCGUUUGUGUUUCACAUGACAAGAAAGGCAGACAGUAUCAGUCAUUUGCAGAACCAACUGGAAGAUCUAGAGUCAGUCAUUCAGGGCUUUGUGGAAGGACUUGAAACUCUUUUUAAACGUUUUAUCAAAAUUAGAGUUUCCCUUCUUAACAUCCUCAAUCACUAAUUGUACAUUGGUGGGAAUGUUUUUGUAAUUAUGUCAAUGAAAUUGGCUUCUAAUAUUCAGUUUUAGAUGAACUUCUUUCUCUA